AUGAACAUCUGUAGCUGGAAUGUGAGGGGUAUGAAUGACCCCAGUAAGGUUGGAGAUAUUAAGAACUUUGUUAAUGUCAAUAAAAUCAGUGUAGUUGCUCUCAUUGAGACUAGAGUAAAGUUGAAGAAUAGUAGCAAACUCCAGAAUAAGUUUGGGGCUCAGUGGCAUUGGGUUUCUAACUAUGAUCAUUCUGAUAGGGGGAGAAUAUGGAUUGGUUGGAAGCAUAGGGUGGUAACACUUACAGUGGUGUACAAGUCUGAACAGAUUAUUCAUGGGAUAGUGUCAGCUAAUUCAGCUAAUUUCACUUAUGGUUUUACAGCAGUGUAUGGUCUUCAUUCCAUUGAAACCAGAAGAUCAUUGUGGAGAGAAUUAAGUAGUUUAAGUGCCCUUAAUAAUCUAGCUUGGUUGGUGAUGGGGGAUUUUAAUUCUUUUCUCUAUUCUAGGGAUAGAGUGAAUGGCAAUUCAGUCACUAAUGCAGAAACUAUUGAUUUUGAAACCUGUUUGAGUCAGACUGAUCUCACAGAACUCAAAAGCUGUGGACAUUUUUAUUCUUGGUAUAAGGGGCAUGAGGUGCAUAGAAUUAGUUCAAGAAUUGAUAGAGCUUUUGGCAAUUCCUGUUGGCAUGGUACUUACUCUGAUGUGGUGGUUGAUUACAUGAAUCCUGGGUUGUCAGAUCACACUCCUCUGGUGAUGAAUUAUAAGGUGAAUAUGAAGAAGGGAGGUAGACCAUUCAAGUUCUUUAAUUACAUGGCAGAUCAUCCCCAGUUUUUGCAAGCUGUGCAGAAAGGUUGGGAGAAGAACCAAACAACUUCAACAAUGCAAAAUGUAUGGAGCAAACUUAAAGCAGUUAAAGUAGAACAUAAAGCUCUACACAAACAGGAAUUUGCUCAAUUAGAAACUAACAUUGAGAAAUGCAGAAGGGACUUGGAAAUGGCUCAAUCUAUUAGCAUUGCUAAUCCUGAUGAUAGUGUUGCUCAGGAAAAGGAGACAGAGUGUGUGGCAAAGCUUAAAUUGUUUCUGAAAGUUCAAGAAAGUGCUUAUAGGCAGAAGUCUAGAAUUUAG